AUACGGCAUGUACUAAGCCAACGGCAAUGGCUGAGAAAUAGCUUGUGGUCUCGGCCAAACUCAAUUCACCCACCCUUCUCUGCUUCAUUCAGGCGACAGAGGCGCUCUCUCUCUGCUUAUACAGCCGAUCCUUGGUUGCUGAUACCCCUCAGAGCUUCAAGCAUGAGGCCUCUUCUGAUGAAGGGCCACGAGAGGCCCUUGACCUUCUUGCGGUUCAACAGAGACGGCGAUCUGCUGUUUUCGUGUGCAAAAGAUCACCACCCAACAGUGUGGUAUGCAGACAACGGGGAGCGAAUAGGCACGUACAACGGGCAUAAUGGAGCAGUUUGGUGCUGCGAUGUCACAAGAGACUCGAGUACUUUGGUCACGGGGUCGGCUGAUGCCACCGUCAAGCUAUGGGACGUGGCGUCGGGCCGCUGCCUGUACACGUUUGAUAUGAAGGUCCCUGUGAAGUCAACAGAGUUCUCUGUGGGGGAGAACUUGUUGCUCAUCACGACAGAUCCGUUCAUGGGGGCACCCUCACAGAUUCAUGUGAAGAGAAGAGCCAAGAAUGUGGAAGAUCAGGAGGAUGACACGUUGCUGACCAUCAAAGGACCUCAGGGAAGAAUCAACAGGGCUGUCUGGGGGCCAUUGAACAAGACGAUCAUAAGUGCUGGAGAAGACGGCGUGGUCAGGAUGUGGGAUGCGGAGACCGGAGAGCUGCUCGAGCAAAGAGAAGCCCACGAGAAGGCCAUCUCUAGCCUGGCGCUCUCACCAGACGGCUCGCACUUCAUCACUGCUUCCGCAGACAAGAGUGCCAAGCUCUUUGACACCCGGUCGCUAGAGGUUCUCAAGACUUACCAAGCAGAAGCCCGAGUAAACGCAGCUGCGAUCUCCCCACUGUUAGACCAUGUGGUGCUUGGAGGAGGACAAGAGGCUCAGAACGUGACAACGACCUCCUCAAGAGCGGGAAAGUUCGAGGCAAAGUUCUUCCACAAAAUCUUCGAGGAGGAGUUAGGUGGUGUGAAGGGUCAUUUCGGGCCCAUCAACGCCCUAGCAUUCUGCCCGGACGGCCGAGGGUUUGCAAGUGGCGGUGAAGAUGGUUAUGUACGGAUGCAUCAUUUUGACCCUCAGUACUUCACGAUGAAGGCUUAGAUAGCAGGACGGAAGGGAUAGCAGAGAGCGGAAGAAGGUUCGACUUGACCUUUUUAAGCAGUCCCAUGUGUAUGAUAAACGCCUAAUAAGUAGUGUUCAUGGUGCCUUGAACACAAGCCCAGCACUAAGGGCGUUUUCGCCCAACGGUUGCGUGUGUGCACACAUGGUCAACAGGUUGAUAGCAAUUUUCAACGUCUGCCAAGACGGUUGAAUCGGCGGCUCAAACAAAUUUUGCAUGGACGUUAGCUGUACCAGUCUGCAC